AUGCCCGCCCAGCAGCAGACUGAACGCGCCGCCUCCACCCCCGCAGUGGCCACCGAGCCGGCCGCCAAGCCCGCGAUGAACCCCCGCGCGGCCCCGCCCGACUCGACCCAGGCCAACCACUUGCACGCGCCGCUUCGCCUCCGCGGCGGCUUCUGGUGCAACAACAACGCGUGCUUCCAGUGCGAGCUGUGCGGCGUGAGCUGUGGCGUCUGA